GGCGGCCCGUAUAUAUGUCUGCUAGCGUAAAAGCGGUCACACUUUUCGCUUGUCAUCAGUAGCUCCCAAGACUUCAAACAUGGAUUUAAAAGUGUUGGCUGUAGUCUGCUUGCUUGUGUUCUCUACGUUCUUCCUCGGUGUCAGUGCUCAAAGAGAUGGCCGAAGAAGAUCAGGAAGACGAAAGCCAACGACUGAAGCACCUAAAGAGGCCAUGGAGGAGCCUGAAAGCGAAGCUAGUCCCCAAAAUGUGGAUAUUGCACCUGAACCGUUGGCGAAGCCUACACAUUCUCAACCAGCAGAGUCCUUGGACUCCCUGUCGACUGAGAAGGAAGCAACGAAUCCCACAUCUGGCGGACCGCCUUUCAUUGUUCCAAGAGGUACCAGAAAGCCACGACCCAUGCAGGUGCGUAACAAUGGUGAAGCUAGGCCAAAGCCAACUCUGCCGACGUUUUCCAGGAAGAACAACAGGCGGCCAAAACCAGAACGCCAUGAUUUUAAGAAACUGGAGGAGAACACCCCGUCAUCUGUGCCAAUCUCAACCACGACAGCCAAGCCCUCCAGAAACUCUUCCAGACGACGAGGUGGUCACUCGUCCCAAUCCGAUAGAAAUUCCAAUUUAAAUCGCGAUUCUCAAGUUCCUGCCCCAUCAUCAUCCUCUGAAGCGGCUCCAAAAAAGAGAUUUGGUGGUGCCACUCGAAAGCCGUCUCGAGGAAGCCGAAGAAGUACAACUGUUCCCAGCGUAGAAUAAACUGAAUUUUUUCAUUCAUUGAAAAACGAAGGAGAUUUUCAAUUCGGAAUUGAACGAACUUUUAUCUAAAGAAUAUACAGUCGAACCUCCAUAUAUCGAACUUCUAUAUAUCGAAAUUUUCUAUUAAUCGAAAUCCCAACAAAUUUAUAUAUUCAUUACAUAGAAAAACUGUUUCUAUAUAUCGAAAAAAUCUCUGUAUAUCGAAUUUUUU